AUGGACGAAGAAGAGAUGACCAACAAAAUGGACGAAGUUGAUUCAGAAACGUAUCCAACUAAAACAGCCAUCUUGGCUACAGGAGAGAACAAAAAGUUCCCUGAAGAAGAUGGAGUGGAAAUCGAACUCGCCUUGGAAAAAGAGCGAGAUGUGAAGAAGAUGUUUGCGGGAGUUUCCGCUCAAGUGUCUCCAUUUACAUCGGUCGCUUCUUCGGAUAUGAGCAAAGAGAGCUCAGACAGCGGAUUUUCGCUCUCUAAUGCAAAAUUCUUUGUUUUCACUAAACUUCAACAACGAAAGUGGCAAUAUGCUCUCCUUGGACUCAUCCUUGGCUUGAUGAUUUUGAUAGCGGCUCUUGCUGGAUCUGCAGCCAACGGAAAUGGUACCGGUCAACGCACUCCAUUUUUAGUCUUCUUUCAAUCGGAACACCCAACAUUUUCCCCUACGCUCGCGCCCACCGACUCGCCAUCCUUUACACCUACCUUAAGGCCGUCCGAGUCCCCAAGUCAAGCCCCUUCUAUCUACGAUCCACCGAUCAAGGACCCAAUUCAGCUGCGACUGUACUGGGAAAGUGGAUACUUCUGGCAAGAGUCUAUUUUCCAAACCUAUUGGUGUGCAGAGUGCGCGGACUGUCCAGAAUAUAGAUUAGGCGACGGAGUAGGACCUGAUUUUCAGAACUGCACAUCGCCAGGAGACACAACUGCGAGUUGCAAUGAAGGAAAUCAACUAUGGCUUCAAUCGUGCAAAAAUACAAGCAGAGACUAUCGCUUUGAGUUCCUUCACAACGAUGGCUCGGGAUUCCAAAUCCGUGCUUUCAAUACUUCGUUGUGUUUCUCCACGGUGCGGAACACGUAUAUUGAAAUGAGACCUUGUGACAGCCGCAGAUCUUCUCAGCUUUUCAAUCCAAUCCAAUUCAGUACGAAAUUCGAGCUUCGGACCUACGAGGAAAGAAACCUGCCGGUGGAUGAAGCCAGAUGUGUCUCACAGCUUCAUCAUCCAAAAGCCAACGAAAUGAUAGGUCUACAUCGAUGCGACUGGGCCGUCAAUGACACCACAAACUUUUGGGAACAAUACCCUUGA